AUGCCGAGACUCUACCGGUUUGGACAAAACCGACACCAACCUGCGGAGAACACAUUCACCAGGAUAACUCCUGACCGGAGCUUCACUAUAAGCUGUCCCGCUGGAUCGUUGGCCAGAGCAGCCAAGGCUCUCAAGGCGGAAAGCGCGAGCGUGCGAUGCGACGUAACUGCUGAUUCGCCUGAAAAUCUUCCAGACGCGGAAAGCGCGAACGUGCGAUUCGAUCCGCGCUUCGAUGGCAAGCCAGUACUAGCGGCUGGGACGGAGGCUCAGUUGCGUGCAGAUGGAAGAGAGGAGGGAGAAAGUGAGGGAAGAGAGUCAGAGAAGGGCGAGAGUAGAGGGGGAAGAGAGGAGGUGGAUGGCAGAGGAGCGCGUACGAGACGAGAGACUGGAGCAAGGGAAGUGCAGGGAAAGGUUGAUGGAGGCGGGUGGAAGCGUGGAGAGAGGGGAGGAUGCAAGGAGACAGAGGAGGAGGAAAAGGCAGUGGCUGUGAUUGCUGGAGUGUUGAGAGAGAGAUUCGGGCCCCAGAUUGUGACAGAGGAGGAGCAUGAGGGGUCUACUAACGAAAGGAUUGCGGAUGAGGAGAAGAAGGCCAAGGGACGACAAGAGGAGGAGGAGGAAGAUUGGGAUGAGGAAGCAGAGGGCUCAGAAGUAGAGGAGGAAGAGGAUGGGGAAGGGAACGAGGGGGGAGACGCAGCAGCAGAAGCAAGUGAGGAGGUCGGAUUACCCACCACAUCUCCCCCCACACGUCCUCCUCCUCCACGCAACAGGCGGCGGGUCGUAUCUCCCUCCUCCCUCCUCUCCCUCUACCGCUUCUUCUCCUCCCACCUCGGCAUCUCCUCCCCUUCCACUGUCACUUCCCUCCUCGUCUCUUACCCUUCGCUCCUUCGGUCUGAUCCCACCAAUGACUUGCUGCCACGUGUCCAGCUUCUCCAGUCGUAUGGCGCCCCCUCUCUCGUCCACCUCAGCUCUCAGACUCUUAUAUCUAAGCUCCAGUACUUAGAGGAAGUGGUGGGGAAGAAGGCAGCAGGGAGCGUGGUGCGCAGCUAUUCGUCGAUUCUUAUUCUAUCGGUAGAGAACCUGCAAGGCAAGGUGGCGUUGUUGGGCGAUCUGAUUGGGCAAGAGAACGCUGUGCUUGCUGUGGCUCGGUUUCCUAGGCUGCUGUCAUCUAGUGGGGAGAACCUUAAGAAGGGUUUCGAAGAACUCGUGCGAGAAGUGGAAGCGGCAAUGGAGGAGAGUGGAGGAGAGGAGAAUGGGAGGCAUAUGCUCCAGGAAGGUGCACGGAAGCUAGCAAUAGGAGUGAGCGGACAAGCAUACAAGAGCAUUGCUGGUGCCACGAUAGCUCAUGAGAUGGUGGUGAAUAUGGUGCUGAAGUAUCCAGCGAUUAUCUGCUUCAGUUGGGAGAGGAACACAAGGCACAAGGUGGAAUACUUAAAGCGGGACAUGGGGCUCCCUUUAACGGAGGUCCUUGCGUUCCCUUACUUCCUUGGAGCAGGAGUGGUUCACGAGGCGGAGAGCGCGACUCUGCGAUUCGAACCGAGCUUCGACGACGAGCCAGUACUGCCGGUUGGGUCGGAGGCUCGGUUGCGUGCAGGAGGAAGAGAUGAGGGAGAAAGUGAGGGAGGAAAAUCAGAGAAGAGAGGGAGUAGAGUGACAAGAAUAAGGGAAGUGGAGGGAAAGGUUGCGGGAGGCGGGUGGAAGCGUGGAGAGAGGGGAGGAUGCAAGGAGACAGAGGAGGAGGAAAAGGCAGUGGCUGUGAUUGCCGGAGUGUUAAGAGAGAAAUUCGGGCCCCAGAUUGUGACAGAGGAGGAGUACGAGGGGUCUACAAACGAAAGGAUUACGGAAGAGGAGGACGCUAAGGGACGACAGGGAGAGGAAGAGGUGGGGUAUGGGGAUGAGGAAAGAGGGGGCGUAGAAGCUGAGGGCGAAGAGGGUGAGGGAUGGAAGGAGGGGGAAGACUCAGAACCAGAAGCAGAAUUGGAAGCAGAAGCAGAAGCAAGUGAGGAGGACGCACCACCCACCACAUCUCCUCCCAAACGGCAUCCUCCUCCAUACUAUGGCCCGCGGGAAAUGCUUGACUUCCUAUUGGCUCGGGGUGUACGCCGUACGAGGCUAGGUCCGGUGCUCCGAAAAUCUCGAAAACUCAUUAGCGUGCGGGCUCGUUCAACGAACCUGGACAUUCUGGUGGAGAGAGCAGGGGUUCCUGUGGACAAGCUGGGUGUGAUUAUAGACAGAGCCCCAGAUAUUCUAUCCGUGAGGGAGGAGACCAUACGAAGUCGCCUUGAGGAAGUAUCAGCGUACUUCACCAAAUCCGGAGAAGGAAGCGUCAACAGUGGGCGCCUGAGGCAAUACCCGAAUAGGCAGCACAAGGACAAGAAUGACCUGAGCGGACUCCUGGUGCAGUAUCCAGGAAUCCUUCUCCGGCCUCCCGAGCGCAUUGCCAGCAACCUCCGCCUCCUCCAGUCAUUCACUCCCCCUGGCACCCCUUCCAUUGCCAUCCCCGUUCUUCGUCGGGCCCCCACUCUCGUCCACCGCAGCUCGCAAAAUCUCUUACCUAAGCUCCAGUUCUUUGUGGAGCUCGUGGGGAAGAAGGCAGCGGGGAGUGUGGUGCGCAGCUUUCCAAUGAUUCUUUUUCUAUCCGUAGAGAACGUGCAAGGGAAGGUGGCAUUGCUGAGCGAUUUAAUUGGCCGAGAGAACGCUGUGCUUGCAGUGGCUCGGUUUCCUAGGAUUCUGGGAUCUAAUGAGGAGAACCUUAAGAAGGGCUUUAAAGAACUCGUGCGAGAAGUGGAAGCGGAAAUGGAGGAUAGUGGAGGAGAGGACAUGAGGAGGCAAAUUCUCGAGGAAGAUGCAAGGAAGCUAGCAGGGGGAGGGAGUGGACAAGCAUUCAAGAGCAUUGCUGGUGCCACGAUAGUUUAUGAGAUGGUGGCGAAUCUGGUGGUUAAAUUCCCCACAUCUAUAUGCUGCAGCUGGGAGGAGAACAUGAGGCACAAGGUGGAAUACUUAAAGCGGGACAUGGGGCUCUCUAUAAAGGAGGUGCUUGCGUUUCCCAAGUUCCUUGGCUAUGCUGCGCUGGAGAGGAAGGGGGCUGUGGGCCAACAAGGCGUGAACCAGCAGCAGGAAGGGAAGGCGGUGGUGUGCUUGAUUCAGUUUCUUGGAUGCACGGACAAGGAAUUCGAACACAGAUUCAAAGUUGAGCUCGCACCAUUCAUGCCAGAAACUCGUCCCUAG